GGAACACGCUGGUGCGGACUAAACGCCCCCUCUGGUGUGGAGUGAAGCGCCAUGUCGACAGGCCCUGACGACUGGACCCUCCUUCCAUCCCAGGGCACCAAGUCGCGCCCUCCCCUGAGGGGAACAAACAGCAGUCCAUGGGUCUGGCUGUGUCAGGGCCCACGCCGGGGUCCGGGACAGGCUGAGGCUGGGCUACAGGCACACAUAGGGGCUCCUGCCAGCCUGCUGGGACCCCCAGACUGUGGAGUAUAAGGUUCGUGUCCCUCUCUUGCUGAGGCAGAAUGUGUCAGAGAGGCAGGCCGAAGGGAGGGCCCCGUGUCUCCCUGAAUCAUUACCUGAAGGUGAAGGGGGAACCUGGCAUGUUGAGCACCACAGCCCACUGUUUUCCAGCUUCCUGAUCACCUCUGUGUCCAUUUGAAUGAUGGCUGUGAGCUGAAAACAGCCUAUCGAGAGGCCAGAGUCUAGGGCACUGAUCAGCAGCUGGCAUAGAAAGGAGACGUGGAGAUAGAAUGACGUGGGCCCCCCACCAACCCUGGGCACCCCCAGACUCCCCAGCUCUCCUGUAGGCACACACUGCAGAUGCUGAGUUUCCAAGUCCCUGCAACAGAUGUUUUACACAUGGGCCCCCAAAAGCCAAUAUUCUGCAGCUAUUGGGACCCCAGAAGUUGACGUGUGCACUCCCCAUGUAAACAAACGUCUGCUCUCCAAUGGGCUUAGUUCUGAUUUCAGCACCGUUUACAAGACCCUGGUGAAAUAUUUUGUAAAAAUUUUUAGGGGGGAAGGAGGCAAAAUUUCCACCCAUAGGCCAGUGUUUGCAGGGACCUCCCAGGGGAAUUCUGAUGCAGUUUAAGAACAUAAGAACAGCCAUUCUAGGUCAGAGCAUGUAGCCCAGAGCCCUGUUUUCCGACUGUCAUGGGGUCUCCGCUCACACAGGACUGGUAGCCAGGUAGGCCUGUUACCUGCACAGCCUGCCCCUGAUAGGAGAGCCAGGGCGGUAUCUAUAGAAGGGACCUUUUAGGUGGGUCUGUAUGACCUGGAAUCCUGGGAAAGAAAUGAAGAGAUGCUAUGGGCUGGGGAUGGGUGACGCUGGGCAGGAGAGGAAGGGUCUCUCUGGGCUUAGCUAUGUCAGAGGCAAAGGAGACGAUACCUGCCCCUCCCACGGGUAGACAUCUGGAGUGGGGGAGUCUGUGAUGGGGCAUCCAGCUGACACAGACUGGAGUGGAAUAGGACUGAAUCCACAGCCAGCACCUGGAGGAAGAGCCAGGGAGCAGGAAACUGAGUGCUAACAGGCUCAGGGAAGCUGGAAAUUUGCCCUGUAGAGGCUGAUGCCCAUAAACUGCAGUCACACCCAGGAUAGAGGGAGGAGCGUCUGGAGUGGAUUGAACCAGAACCAGGAGCUGUAGGAAGCUGGGCAGGGCAGGGCAGUGAGGGCUGGGAGAGGAAAGAACAGGAGGAGCGCUGCGGGACCGGGCUGGUGGGCAGGGAGGAGAUUUGGUUCCGCAGUGGGCGAGGGGCUGCAGGGCAGAGCGAGAGAGAGGACGGGACGGAGGGAGCGGCAGUGAACAAACCGUGGAGGAGAGGGGGCCUGACGCGCUAACCCCCAGGCUGAGCGGUGGGAGGCACCAGACAAGAGAGUCAUCUGUCCAAAGACAAGGAAGAAUGUUGAAGGGGGUCAAAAUAGGGCUCGGGAUCACUUUUGUCUUUCUCCUGGCCUUUGUCUAUAAACGUUCCCAGCUGCCUGGCUGCCUCUACUCAUGCAAGCCGAGUCCUGAGCUAUUCCCAAUGCAAAAGGAUGACGUGAGCCAGAGCAGCGGCAUCAUCUUUGUGGAGAGCACAGACCGUCUUGAUCCUCCUCCGUUGGUUUCAUGUUCUGUGGAAUCUGCUGCCAGGGCCUACCCCAACAGACCAAUUCGUUUCUUCAUGAAAGGUCUGAAAAAUAACACAUCAGUGGAUUCAGUUUCCACUUCCACAGCCUUCGCUCUUCUGUCUGCCAUGGAGAAUGUCUUCCUUCUUCCUCUCGACAUGGAAACUGUUUUCCAGGAUACACCUCUGCUCCCAUGGUAUCAUAAGGUUAAUCCAGCCCAGGAAAUGUACUGGAGACAUGUCAGCGCUGACGGUAUCAGGCUUGCACUCAUCUGGAAAAACGGUGGGAUCUACAUGGACACUGAUGUCAUCUCCAUCAGGCCUAUUUCACUGGAAAACUUCCUGACGGCUGAGGACGUCCGGUUCGCCGGCAAUGCGAUUUUUGGCUUUUCUCGCCAUCACAAGUUCAUCUGGGAUUGCAUGGAGGAUUUUGUUCAAAACUACAGAGGAAAUGUUUGGGGCCACCAAGGGCCCAGGUUACUGACCAGGAGGCUCAAGGCGUUGUGCCCUGUAACCAGUUUCCGUAACAUGGAAGAUAUAAACUGUCAGAACAUUUCCUACUUACAUCCUCAGCGUUACUACCCCAUCCCCUGCGUAGAAUGGAAUCGGUACUUCCAGGUCUGGGAGAAAAGCCCCGACUUCAAGAACUCCUUUUCUCUGCAUGUGUGGAACUUCAUGAACCGGCAACACAAACCUGUGGUUGCAGGAAGUAACACCUUAAUGGAAAAUCUCUUCAAAACAUACUGCCCCAGCACGUACAGGGCCCUUAUUCAAGGCCCAGAAGGCAGUGGUCCAUAGGCAACAAAACAAGACUGAAUGACAGCAUCUAGCAGAACAAGGUGACUCUUCCAGCCCUCAUGAUCCUGGGACUAAAAUAAAUUGUGCGCAAUACGGAUCGCCUCUGAAUCAGUGACUCUCAGCCUUUUUUCUGUCUGCUGGUGACUUUGUAGGACAGAACCUCUCAGAAGUCACCUCUUCUCCUUAGAUUCCUGAGGGCCUAGUGAAUUUUGUAGGAAAGCAAGAGUGUAAAUACAAUCGGGGAUGACUUAAUAAGUAUGUCUUGUCCUUUAGGGGAAUGUUUCCCAAACCACCUAAGUGAGGGUAUGUCUACACUACAAAGUUAAUUCGAACUAACGGACGUGCUAGCACCCAGCUAGCAGACCCUGCACCUGGCAUGGUUCGAGCCAGCCACCCGCUGCCACCCAGCCCUC